AGAAGGUUAAAUGAAGGACAUUAAACACUUGAGGCAUGUUUUAUCUUGUUCACGUGUAGAAAUCACAAGAACUUUAUCUGGAACUGGCAUGCAUAUGUUCGAAGCUCUGCAGCAAUAAGCAACACUUGGUCCAGUAGCUCGCACCUGCCAGCAACAUGGGCUGCCACAUCUCUCUGCUGCUAGCGGCCAUCUUGGCUCUCGUCGCGGGACAUGCCAUUGAGCGCGACUUGCCCACGCUGUACGGACACUACACGGCAGGAGGCAUCAAGUCAGGCCUGGUGGCCGACGGAAGCAAAUUCCUGCUCAACGGAAAGGAGAUCCGCCUGAUAACAGGCACCAUCCACUUCUUCAGGGUCCACCCGGACUACUGGAGGGACAGGCUGAGGAAGCUGCGAGCCGGCGGCUUCACCGGCGUUGAGACGUACAUCCCAUGGAACUUGCACGAACCAGAAAACAAUGUCUUCGAUUUCGGUGCCGGAGGCAACGACUUCUCGCCCUUCCUAAAUGUGACCAAAUUCCUGAAGAUGGCUCAGGAGGAAGACCUGUUUGUGAUCUUGAGGCCAGGGCCCUUCAUCAACGCCGAGUGGGAGAAUGGCGGACUGCCCAGCUGGCUCUACCGAGACUCAAGUGUGAAGACCCGCACCUCAGAGUCCCAUUACAUUUCCUACAUGACAAAGUACUUCAACGUCUUGUUUCCCAUUCUGAAGAAUCUGCAGUUCACUGCAGGAGGACCAGUGCUGGCAUUCCAGAUCGAGAACGAGUACGGCACCGUGGCCCGGCGACAGAAGGUGCGGGACACGGCCUACCUGAAGACCAUCCUGGCCCAGAUGGAGAGUCAUGGCCUCACAGCCCUCAAGUUCACCUCCGACAGCGUCCUGUCCUCAGGGGACGCAGGAGAAGUUCCAGGAGCGAUGAUGACGGCGAACCUGAACGGCCUCGUCGAUGAAGCCCUGACGAAGCUGAAGGCCCUGCAGCCGAACAAGCCCUUGUGGGUGAUGGAGUACUGGACCGGCACGUGGGACCACUGGUUCGACCAGCACCACACCAGGGCGACCUCGACCCAUAUUUCAAACCUGAAAAAGAUCCUCGCCUUCCCAGCCAACGUGAACCUCUAUGUGUUCAUCGGCGGCACUGACUUCGGCUUCAUGAACUCCGCAACUGCCUAUGGCACUUUCCCCAAGUACAAGUCUGAUGUCAGCAGCUACGACUAUGAUGCUCCCCUGACUGAGGCUGGAGACUACACGGAGAAGUACACGGAGACCGUGAAGCUGAUCGCCAACUACUUGGUAGUGAAGACCAAACUGCCAGCGAUGCCCGCUCAGAGCGUCAAGAUGGCAUACCCAACAACAAAAAUAACUCAGCGUCUGAGCCUUAGUGAUCUGGUUCACCAGGUGGAUGCAGCAGACCAUGUCAGCUCCACCAACGUGAAGGCCAUGGAACUGCUGGACAUAAACAAGAACAGCGGCCAGAGCUACGGGUUCGUCUUGUACAGGAAGACCAACCUCAACAUCCCAGCCAAUGCCGUCGUGAAGAUAAGCGGGAACGUCAAAGACUUGGCCGUGCUCAUGGUGAAUGGCGUGAGGAAAACUGAAGUGUUCAAGACUUCUGCCCAACAGAAAGACUUUGGGUUUUUUGGAGCUGAGAGCGACGCACACCUGACUCUCGACCACGCGAGUGUCGGCAAGUCGCAGAUACUGGACAUCCUGGUCGAGAACUGGGGGCGGAGGGACGACAUGAAAGGAAUAGUCGGUGGCUCGGUCCUUCUGAACAAUGUGGCAGUCUCCAACUGGCAGAUAUACGCCUUCCAGUUCAAAGGAAGCUGGGUCCGCAGACUAAGUAACUGGCAUGCAGUCAGCCAAAUGACGGAACCAACGCUGUUCCGAGCGGUUCUGGACAUAGAAGCACCACACGACACCUUCAUCAACAUGUCGGCCUGGGGCAAGGGGAGCGUCUUCGUCAACGGCUUCAACAUUGGCCGCUACUUCCCGGCCGCGGGCCCCGCCAAGACCCUCUACGUCCCUGCGCCGCUGCUCAAGAAGGGGAGGAACGAGAUCCUGGUGUUCGAGCUGUACACUGCAGCCUCGGAGAUCGUCUUCUCUAAAGUUCCCAUUCUUGGAUAGAAAGCGGGAGCAAGCAAGAUCAAGUUCAUGAUGUAUACAGUAAUUUGAUCCUGACAUUAAACAUUCAACUUGAA